UUCAUUCCUGUUCUCAGGCCAAGACCAAGGCCAUCAAAUUCAAGGUUCUUCAGUCCGUUUCUAGUAGUUUUCAUUGUCAUUGCAGCAGUGGUGAUCCUGGCGGUGACUGUAGGUCUACUUAUCCACUUUUUAGCUUUUGACAAAAAAACUCACUUUUACCACAGCAGCUUUCAAAUCUUAAAUGUUGAAUAUACUGAGGCUUUGAGUUCACCAGGCACACAGGAAUACAGGAAUUUGAGUGAAAGAAUUGAGUCUAUGAUUACUAAUGCAUUCCGAGAAUCAAAUUUAAGAAGUCAGUUCAUCAGAACACAUGUUGUCAAACUGAGGCAGGAAGGCCGUGGUGUGGUUGCAGAUGUCGUCAUGAAAUUUCGAUCUAGUAGACGUAACAAUGGAAGAUCAAUAAAAAACAGAAUUCAAUCCAUUUUACAACAAAUGCUGAACAAUCCUGGAAAUUUGGAAAUAACUCCUUCAAAGGAGAUAACAACACUCACUGGCCAGGAUACAGAAAAUUUUUUCACUCAAGAAUGUGGAGCCCGUCCAGACCUUAUAACACUGUCAGAAGAGAGAGUCAUCGGAGGCACUCUGGCUGAGGAAGGUGACUGGCCAUGGCAAGUCAGUCUGCAGCUUAAUAACGUCCACCACUGUGGAGGCGUCCUGAUCAGUAACUCCUGGGUCCUGACAGCAGCUCACUGCUUCAGAAGCUACUCCAAUCCUCGGCAAUGGACUGCCACUUUUGGUACUUCUACAAUAUUUCCUCUACAGCGAGUGAAAGUAAGAAGUAUUAUACUCCAUAACAAUUACAGACCCAUAACUCAUGAAAAUGAUAUUGCAGUCGUACAACUUGAAAGACCUGUCACCUUUACCAGAAAUAUUCACAGAGUGUGUCUCCCAGAGGCAAAACAAAGCAUCAUACCUGGCAGCACUGCAUAUGUAACAGGAUGGGGCUCUCUUACUUAUGGAGGCAACACAGUCACAGAUCUACGGCAAGGACAGGUCAGAAUAAUAAAUACAAAUGUAUGCAAUGAACCAGCUAGCUACGGUGGUGGCGUCUUGUCUGGAAUGCUCUGUGCUGGAGUGCCUUCAGGUGCAGUGGAUGCAUGCCAGGGUGAUUCUGGUGGUCCACUAGUACAAGAAGAUUCACGGCGGCUUUGGUUUGUUGUGGGAAUAGUGAGCUGGGGAUAUCAGUGUGGCCUGCCAAAUAAACCAGGAGUGUAUACUCGAGUGACAACCUACCGUGACUGGAUUAGACAACAAACUGGAGUCUAG